AUAAAAUUGAUGUAAUUUCCACUGCUAAAAAUCCACUUCACGUAUUUGACAUUUUGUUGGUAGACUCAACCACCGAAUGACAUUUAUCUUCUCAGCCGGCGUGAAAAAAACUGCUCGUUUUAAGGCUAUAUAACGUUAAACGUUACUCUGCGAUAAUUUUCUUAUUAACCGUCAUAUAUAGUUAACGUCAUACAUUUAACAAAGUGCAAGUUAUACAAAUAAACUAAUGUACAGAAGUAAAACUCAUUAGUUUUCCUACCUUGUCAUGUUUAUCUUUGGGGUAGUGGUGGUUAUUUAACGCAUAAAACAGCCCAGUAACUUAAUGUCAUUUCAGUUUCUCUGCUUUAGUCUACCACUAGCCAGCUGUUUUCGUUAAAUAUCAACGUUAUACAUGUUUACCGUGCUUCAGAACAAAAAAAAAAAAGCAAAGCUACUUAGCUAUGUUUAUUAACCAGGUUUAGAUGAGGAAUGUUCAUUUAUCAUCCAGAUCAGCGACGGUUUGCAUUUUUUUACAUGUUCACCCAGUAACUUCAGAGUAGCAGUGUUAUCACUGAAAUAAAAGGUAGUCGUUCGUCUAAGUUGAGCACCAUCUUGUAUCCCACAAUAACUUCUGUAUAAGCUGUAUAAUAUCCAAGUAAUUGCAAUAGAAACAGUGCAGUAGUAGCAGUAGUAGUAGUGUAUUAGCCUCCAGUAAGAGCAGUAUGAGUAAGGAACUGUCUCUAAGUCAGUCAGCUCAAUAUGUUGGGCCCUAUCGACUGGAAAAAACACUGGGGAAGGGACAGACAGGACUGGUCAAGCUGGGCAUCCACUGUAUUACAGGUCAGAAGGUAGCGAUCAAAAUAGUCAACAGAGAGAAGUUGUCGGAGUCAGUCUUGAUGAAGGUUGAGAGGGAGAUUGCCAUUCUGAAACUGAUUGAGCAUCCGCAUGUGUUGAAGCUGCAUGAUGUUUACGAGAAUAACAAAUACCUGUACCUGGUGUUGGAGCAUGUGUCAGGAGGAGAGCUGUUUGACUACCUGGUGAAGAAGGGGCGGCUGACUCCGAAAGAGGCCAGGAAGUUCUUCAGGCAGAUCAUCUCUGCUUUGGAUUUCUGCCACAGUCAUUCCAUCUGUCACAGAGACCUGAAGCCUGAGAACUUGCUCCUGGAUGAGAAGAACAACAUCCGUAUCGCUGACUUUGGCAUGGCCUCCCUACAGGUGGGGGACAGCCUAUUAGAGACCAGCUGUGGAUCUCCACAUUAUGCGUGCCCUGAAGUUAUACGGGGGGAGAAAUAUGAUGGGCGGAGAGCAGAUGUGUGGAGCUGUGGGGUCAUCCUAUUUGCUCUCCUGGUGGGCGCCCUGCCUUUUGACCACGACAAUUUACGCCAGCUCCUGGAGAAGGUGAAGAGCGGGGUGUUCCACAUGCCCCACUUCAUCCCGCCGGACUGCCAGUCUCUGCUCAAGGGCAUGAUUGAGGUCAACCCUGAAAAGAGGCUGACGCUAGAGGCCAUCCAGAAACAUGCCUGGUAUCUGGGUGGUCGUAACGAACCGUGUCCUGAGCAGCCUCCUCCCAGGCGUGUGUGUGUGAGGCGGAUCUUGUCCCUGACUGAGCUGGACCCAGAUGUUUUGGACAGCAUGCACUCGCUGGGUUGUUUCCGAGACCGGGUCAAGCUCACACGUGAUUUGCAAUGUGAAGAAGAAAACCAGGAGAAGAUGAUCUAUUACCUACUGUUGGACAGAAAAGAGCGCUACCCCAGCUAUGAGGAUGAGGACUUGCCUCCGCGCAAUGACAUAGACCCUCCCCGAAAGCGUGUUGACUCUCCAAUGCUGACGCGCCAUGGCCGCUGCCGCCCCGAGAGGAAAAGCCUGGAGGUGCUUAGUGUUACUGAACAGGGGUCUCCCACCCCGCCUCGCAGGGCCCUGGACACAGCUGCACACAGCCAGAGGUCUCGUUCAGUUAGUGGAGCCUCUACUGGUCUCUCCUCCAGCCCUCUCAGCAGUCCCAGGAGCCCCGUCUUCACUUUCAGCCAAUCAGAUGUCACCUCUGCCACCGUUAACCCUCUCACAAAGGAGCCCAAACAGGGAAGCGCCACUACUCCUCGCUCAGCACGGGCUCAUGACAAGCCCAAAGCUCCCCCCAACCCAAAGACCCAGACCCUGCCCACCAAGGGACCCGGCGACAGACCCCACCUGCAGCCCAUCAAAUCCCUGCCUCUGCACAACCCAUCUUCUCGCUCACCCUCCCCUUCUCCGCUCUUGUCACCCAUCCCCCGUUUCUUCUUCCCUUCGUCCUCUGUCCUAAAGUCAGUGACUAAGAGCUUCUACCCAACCUCUGCCCACUCUGUGCCGCAGGUCACUCCCCAGGGCUCUCCGUUGCCCACACCCUUGGGCACCCCUGUCCACCACCCUCACCACCCCUCCUCCACCCCGCCCUCCUCUUCCUCGUCCUCAUCCUCCUCUCGGGCGGAGGGAGGGGGAGGGGUGGGCUCGCUGUCGCUGACCCCGCCCUCCAGCCCAGGAGGCGGAAGCGGCAUGGCGGCCAGCAGCUCUGCCCACUGGAGGACUCGCCUCAACUCUUUCAAGAACAACCUGCUGGGCUCACCCCGUUUCCAUCGCCGUAAACUACAAGUUCCUACAUCAGAGGACAUGUCCAGUCUAACACCAGAAUCCAGCCCUGAGCUAGCUAAGAAAUCGUGGUUUGGAAACUUCAUCGGCUUGGAGAAAGAGGAGCAGAUCUUUGUGGUCAUCAGAGACAAACCUCUGAGUUCGGUCAAAGCUGACAUUGUGCACGCCUUCCUGUCUAUCCCCUCGCUCAGUCACAGCGUCCUCUCCCAGACCAGCUUCCGGGCCGAGUACAAGUCCUCCGGCGGCCCCUCCGUCUUCCAGAAGCCCGUCAAGUUCCAGGUGGACAUUGCCUUCUCAGAGGGCGAGAGGGAGCGGGACAGGGAGAGGACCGAGAGGGAGGGCAGGAGGGAGACGGGAAUCUACAGCGUGACAUUCACCCUCAUAUCAGGUCCAAGUCGCAGGUUCAGACGAGUGGUGGAGACGAUUCAAGCUCAGCUUCUCAGCUCCCAUGAUCAACCCAUGGUGCAAGCCCUAUCUGAUGAGAAGAAUGGCCGGCCCCAUGGGACCCCCACCCGCCAAAACUCGAGGCGCUCCGAGGGUGGGGGCGACAGGUGCGAGUGGGGCGACCGAACAGAUGGCGGAGGCAUAGGAGGCAGCGGGGGAGUUCUGCAGCGCAGAGGCUCGGCAAAAGAGAGAACCCGACUGCUGUCCUCCAAUGGAACCCAGUCCCAACCAUAGGAUAAAAGUGAGACCAUGCAGCAGGAUGCCUGAACUACACCAGAAAGAAGACAGUAUAACUUCAUCUCAAAGUAUCCCUGCAAGCCAUGAGCUACUCUUAAUCGUCCUUGAAGUUAUUGAAGGUGCUUGAACAUAGCGAGGAUUGAGCGUUUCCCCCAUCAUGCUUUUUUUUUUCCAACUCGACGUUCUCUUGAUCAUUUGGAUCACCAGGAUUCCUACCCUUAAAUGAGAAAGAAGUGUUAGGGAAACACCCUUUAAUGAAAAAAAAUAAUAUGUGAAUGAGCAGAGUGGUAUCCAUCAUAGAUACAGCUUCACAUAUCAAACUAGCAAUUUGAAGUGCUAAUGUGCAUGCCAGUUAGCAAAUCAGCUGCUAAAGGAUGCUGACAUGAUCAGAUAGGCUAGUCUACCAUAUCAUUGUAAUACAGUAUCUGACACCAAAAAGAAAUAAUAGUCUUGUGAUGGUUCUCAAGAUUACUCUUAAAAUUAACCAGUGCACUCAUCACUAUCAAGCAACACGCAAUUACCUAUCCAUACUAAGACAUAUAGAUGUAUCUCAGCAGAUGAACCCUAAAGAGUUAGCAACCUGCUACCUUUCCAGUGAGUGCUGACUAGCUGAACAAAAGGUCCUGAAUUUCUCAGGAGAAACAACAUCCUGGAAAUCCAGCACUGUCUUCUCCUGAGGUAAAGAAAACCAACAAAGUAAGCUAAGUAAGUGAAUGUGAAAAUAAAUAUUUUUUUAUUUAGUUUUUAUUUAUGUUUACAUAUUUCUUUUGAAGAUGUCAGUAGCACAGUGAUAGCAGUAAAGACAGUAACUGAAAACACUCUGCAGUGUUAGAAAGGGGAAGCUGACCAGUUGCUUUUUGGCAGGCAUUUGUUUCAAGUUAAAGGUUUUGAUUCUUUUGUAUUUUCUUUUUACUCAGAGACAGUAUGAAACAAUG